UCAGCCUCCCACUUCCGCUUCCGGUGCGGGCCGCGCGCGAGCGCAGCCGUGGGAGGCGGCGGCGAGCUGCCGAGUGUAGGCUGCUGCCCGUGACCUCCUGGCUUCGGGCGGACGUCAGCCCAGCUUCGUCCUUGCCUCGACCUCUCCCCGGUCUGUUGUGAGCCUUCGCUUGGCCCCGGCCUCGAGGGCCGACCGCUCCGCACCCCCUCGGCCUGCCGGGCCUGAGGCCGCGCCCUGCCCCCGCCGUCGGGCCGAACUCGCCGCGUCGGACCCCGCCGCUUGCCACAGGUUGAGGCCCCAGGCUUGGCCUCACCACGAUGUGGCACGAGGCUCGGAAGCAUGAGCGGAAGCUUCGAGGUAUGAUGGUCGAUUACAAAAAGAGGGCAGAGCGGCGGCGGGAGUACUAUGAAAAGAUCAAGAAGGACCCAGCCCAGUUUCUGCAGGUGCAUGGUCGAGCUUGCAAGGUGCACCUGGAUUCUGCAGUUGCCCUGGCCGCCGAGAGCCCCGUUAACAUGAUGCCCUGGCAGGGGGACACCAACAACAUGAUUGACCGCUUCGAUGUCCGUGCCCACCUGGACCACAUCCCUGACUACACCCCACCUCUGCUCACCACCAUCUCCCCAGAACAGGAGUCGGACGAGCGGAAAUGUAACUACGAGCGCUACCGAGGCCUGGUACAGAACGACUUUGCUGGCAUCUCAGAGGAGCAGUGCCUGUACCAGAUCUACAUUGACGAGUUGUACGGAGGCCUCCAGAGACCCAGUGAGGAUGAGAAGAAGAAGCUGGCGGAGAAGAAGGCUUCCAUUGGCUACACCUAUGAGGACAGCACGGUGGCCGAGGUGGAGAAGGUGGCAGAGAAGCCGGAGGAGGAGGAGUCACCGGCCGAGGAGGAGAGCAACUCGGACGAAGAUGAGGUCAUCCCCGACAUCGACGUGGAGGUGGACGUGGACGAACUGAACCAGGAGCAGGUGGCAGAUCUCAACAAACAGGCCACGACCUAUGGCAUGGCCGAUGGCGACUUCGUCAGGAUGCUCCGGAAAGACAAGGAGGAGGCAGAGGCCAUCAAACAUGCCAAGGCCCUUGAGGAGGAGAAGGCCAUGUACUCGGGCCGUCGCUCCCGGCGCCAGCGGAGGGAGUUCCGGGAGAAGCGGCUAAGGGGCCGCAAGAUCAGCCCACCCAGCUACGCCCGCCGAGACAGCCCCACCUAUGACCCCUAUAAGCGGUCGCCCUCGGAAUCCAGCUCCGAAUCCCGCUCCCGCUCCCGCUCCCCGACCCCAGGCCGAGAGGAGAAGAUCACGUUCAUCACCAGUUUUGGGGGCAGCGAUGAGGAGGCAGCCGCAGCCGCAGCUGCAGCAGCUGCGUCAGGGGCCGCCACAGGGAAGCCUCCCGCGCCCCCCCAGCCAGGCGGCCCCGCACCGGGACGUAAUGCCAGCGCCCGCCGCCGCUCCUCCACCACCUCCUCCUCCUCUUCUGCCUCGAGGACCUCCAGUUCCCGCUCCCGUUCCAGCUCCAGCUCCCGCUCCCGCCGCGGCGGGGGCUCCUACCGCUCUGGCCGCCACGCACGCUCCCGCUCCCGGUCCUGGUCACGCUCCCGCUCCCGCUCUCGGCGCUACUCGAGAUCCCGCAGCCGUGGCCGGCGGCACUCAGGUGGGGGCUCUCGAGACGGACACCGCUACUCCCGUUCGCCUGCCCGGCGUGGCGGUUACGGGCCCCGGCGCAGAAGCAGGAGCCGCUCCCGCUCAGGGGACCGGUACAGGCGGGGCGGCCGGGGGCCCCGGCACCACAGCAGUAGCCGCAGCCGCAGCAGCUGGUCCCUCAGCCCGUCCCGAAGUCGCAGCCUGACUCGCAGCCGCAGCCCCAGCCAGAGCCGCAGCCCCAGCCAGAGCCACAGCCGCAGCCGCAGCCGCAGCCGCAGUCGCAGUCACUCGCCGUCGCCCCCAAGGGAGAAGCUGGGCAGGCCGGCAGCGUCCCCCGCUGUGGGCGAGAAGCUGAAAAAGACCGAACCUGCCGCUGGUAAAGAGACAGGAGCUGCCAAAGUCACCCAAGCUGACGCCACAGGAGAAGCUGAAGCUGAGGAUGCAGAAGGCACUGAACAGGCAGUUCAAGGCGGAUAAGAAGGCGGCUCAGGAGAAGAUGAUCCAGCAGGAGCAUGAGCGCCAGGAGCGGGAAGACGAGCUUCGAGCCAUGGCCCGCAAGAUCCGUAUGAAGUAAGACCCCUUCCCUCCCACCUGCCUCUGGGUUGCCCUGUGUUCCCCACCACCUGCUCCGAUCCAGAGCCCUGGCCGAUCCCUCUGGGUGGAUGAAAAUAAUCAAAGCCCUCGCCUGGCCUUCAUGUUGUCCCCCAGUCUCCUUCCCAUCCCCAGCUUACUUCGGCCACUGUGACCUCCUCCCAGCUCCGCCAGCCUCCAGCUUGGGUUACCUUUCCUGCUGUUCCCAAGAUACCCACCCACUUCCCUCCCUUGCUGAACUCAGGGGUCCUUCCUGACCAUCCUUUGUGGAGUAGCACCCCAAAACACGACAUCCUCCAGCCCCACUCUGCUUUUCUUCAUAGCACUAAUCUGCACCUGGCAUCCCAGUGUGCACUGUCUGUGUCCUUCACUCAUUCUUGUUCGUGUCCCCAUUAAGAAGUCGGGUGUGGCUGCUGGGUUCCUGCUGUGUGCUUUGCCCCUAGAACGCUGGUGUUCGAUAAACGUUUGCCGAACGGAACGGCUGAAUGCAAGCCAGCCCCGCGCUGGGAGCCAGGGCCUCUCCCCUCUCCCAUUCUGCUCCAGUUCUCACCUUGACUCUUCCCCUGCAGAGCUGAGUGGCUCAGAGCCUGGGUCAGGCAGACUCAGGAUUCAUUCCCAGCUCCGCCUCUCUGACUCUGUGGCCCUGGGGUGGGCACUGGCCCAGAGUCUGAACAGACCUUGGUGCCAACUGCACAGGGUAACUCAGGGAUUAGUGUCCGUAAAGCCUCAGCCCACCCAGUACCCAUGGGCAGAACUGGAGGCCGUAGCGCUUGGUGUUAGCAAAGAGGAGAGUUGGUCAGUCGCAGGGUCGGGUCACCUGUUGUUUCUGGUUCUACCCUGCGCUUGCUGUGGGUCCUUGGACAAGCACUUUAAGCUCUCUACGCCAGGACUCACUGUAUGAGAUAGAUGUGAUAAGGCAGCCACCUCCAUGGGGUUCUCCCGUUAAGGCACCUGGUGUGUGGUUCCUGGCACGUGGGGAGGCUUGAUGGUUGGAGCUGCUGCUGUUAGUUGUUUAUUACAGGCACAUCAUGUGCUGGGCUUCCAGGGCUGCCAUGUGCUCCCAUCGGGGGUGGAGGAGCAGAGUGCCUAGGGACUCAGCGUUGUAGUCAGUCGGACCUGGGUUCUGAUCCUGCCUCUGCUACCCACCAGCUGUGCGCCUUCCUCCUGUCUGAGCCUUCGGCCUAUAGAUAAGCCUAAGUUUGCUUAUCUACCGAAUGCGGAUGGAAUAGUUGUCCCAGCUCUUAGGCUGGUGGAGAGGAUUCCGUGAGAUCAGAGCCAGGCACGAAGGCACCCAGUAAAUGUAGCCCUUGGGGUUGCAAAUCCUCGUCCUUCUGACAAAGACCAGUUAAGCACUUAGCAUGUAAGUCCCUUUGUUCUGAGGCUGUGCCCUGAGUGUGACAGGAAAUUAUCGAACUCUCCAGCCCUUCAGCAAGCCUUUCAUCGCCAGGCAGACUGGGAUUCAGAUGCUGGCUCUGCCAGCCAGUAAGUAUCCCCUCUCCGAGUUCAGUGCCCUCAUUUCCAAGUGAGGAGAGGAGCAGGACAUGCCCCCUUGGCUUAUUCUUCCACCUGGACUAGGUUGUCGGCAGCACCUGCCCUGACAGGGACCCAGCCAGCCAUCGAGUUCAGUUCAGUGUUAUCGCCAGCCGAAUGCCCACCCCUU